AUGCACAACCAUAAAUCCCAAAACGUAACAAUCAGGCCAUACUUAAACUAAAACCAUUUCCUAUUUGUAUCUAAUGAUAGCCAUAGAAACUAUAACUCCGACUUCGACAUCAGAACACACACUAGCAGUGAAGCCCGUAACCAUCUAAUUUUAGAUCAUUAAUAUGAUAACGUUUACACUAUAAGAUCUUCAACAAACCCUGACCAUUUCAUAUUUUGCUCAGAUGAUGGUGUUCGUGGAAUUGGUAGUGAUUUCGAUGUAAGAUCUCAUAAUCAUAAUGAAAAAAGAAACCAUUGGAAAAUCUAAUAAGUUUAAUAGGGUGUUUAUACUAUUAGUUCAGCUCAAAAUCCUAAUCAUCAUUUAUUUGCUGCAAAUGAUAAUAGUAAUGCAUAUGGUUAAGAUUUUGAUGUUAGAACUCAUACUCAUCAUGAAGAAAGAAAUAAAUGGUUAAUUGACGCAUUCGUACCUUAUUAAUGUGUAGUCACUAUUAGACCUAUGUUACAUUAAGAUCAUUACUUAUUUGUUUCUAAUGAUUAACAUAGAGCUUAUGGAUAAGAUUUUGAUGUUAGAACACAUGCUAGUAAAGAAUAAAGAAAUAACUUCAUAUUAGAUAAAGUUGAUGGUAACUUAUACACUAUUAGACCAUAAGUUAAUCCUGAUCACUACAUUUUCUGUUCAAAUGAUGGAGUAAGAGGAUUUAACGAUGAUUUCGAUGUAAGAACACAUACUCAUAAAGAAUAAAGAAAUUAUUGGAAAAUCGAUGUUGUUUAGGGAAAUAUUUGCAUUAUUAGUUCUGCAACAGAUAAUAAUCACAAACUUUUCUAUGCAAAUGAUGGAAGUAAUGGAUAUGGUAAAGAUUUUGAUGUCAGAACUCAUUAUCAUCAUGAAGAAAGAAACUAAUGGAUUAUUGAUGGAUUCUUUUGA